ACAACUACAAUAAACAAAGCUAGCACAAAAGUAGACUAAAUAAAAUUAAAAAUAGGAAGAUCAUUACAUUACAGCCAAUUUAAAUAUCGAAACGAUGCAGAUCUCUGUAAUCCGUGAUUUUUAAAAAAGGCAAUGUUAACUCAUCAUUUGUACCAGGCAUCCGGCCUCUUACGAUUUUCAGUAAACCGACAACAUGGCAGCAGUAGGCUUUGAAGAAACAAUCAACAAUUUCAUUCAUUCUAAAACAGGAGAAAAAAUAUACUUAGAUAUUGCAACAGUAAAUGUUAUUCAGUUGCGACCUCUGAGUAAAAGAGGCUCUGUGUCACUGGGGUCUUUUUGGGUCCAUGUAUUUCAACACCCAAAUAAUUAUCCAGUUCACUCAUAUCAAUACAAGAAACUCUAUAAAGCAGGGAGUGAAUAUGAGCUGAAACUUAAAAUUGAUGGACUAUCUAUCAUUAUAAAUCUUGCUACUGGAUGUUUAAUUCUUAGAGGCCCACAUGUUAUAGACUGGUUUGCUAGCAGAUUUUUGGGUAUCCUUGAUGGCUUCUCUUCACCACCAGGACAUUCUUCUAAAGAGCUUAAAGAACAUUAUACUGAAGCUGAAAUGGUAGCCCUUAAAAAACAAAAAGAAAAUUACUACAAACGUGCUAUUGAAAUAUGGCCCGACAAUGUUUUACACGAAGAUACCAAUGUGAUGGAGGCUGGCACACAGAACAUUUAUCACGAACCUUCUAAUCAAGAAGGAUUUCUGAAGGGUGAAGACUUGGAGUCAUACUCACCAAUAGCAGAUUUGUUGGAUUUUCAAGAAACUGUUCAACAAAUAGAGAAACUGGAGUCUGGACGUGUAAUUCAAGGGAAUGUUCUCUACAGAUUGUGGAAAUCAGCCCUAAAUCUCUGGUUUUCAGACAAAGAUGGGAGAGUUUUCAUUGUAACUCCACACAUUGAUUGUGACAGACUCUUUGAUGUUUGCUCACUUUUCUUGAACCACAAGUUAACAGCUUGUCUGGACACGAUGUGUGUCCCACUGAGUAACCUGCAUGGUAGAUUUGCCAAAGUUCGAAGUGAAACAAUCAAGCGUUUUUUGCCGCGUGACCAGGUGUUUAUUGAAUACAAGGUAUACUGUUCAGUUGUCUACCCAGUGGUGGAUUUCAUGAAUAGUUUUGUUGUUUUUGUGAAAGAUGGUAAAGCUAAAGUGUUACAGACCAACACAAAUUUUGACAGAGCUAGUUUUCUUACAUGUGCUUCAGUAUCAGUCCAAUACAAGGAGAUAGAAGAAAAACAAUUUCUCGAGGCUUACCUUGAUCCAAUAAUACGUUAAACUGCUGAAACUGCUUGUAUUAUUUGUAAGCAAUUAUUUUUCUUAUCAUAACACAGAAAUUUAUUACCAAGUUAAGAGACAUUUUUUUAAAUUUGUAGUAAGCAUAUUUUUAAGUAAGAUAGUGAAGAAACUUGAAUUUCAUCUAUGUGGUAUGAACAAUAUUUAACAUAAUUUACAUUUUGAAAUUAGUAUUAAAUAAAAACUUCUUGUAUUUGUAAAAAAAAAUUUUAAAUUAUUUCUGUCUCAAAUUAAUAUUAUAUUAUUUAUAUGUAAACCAUUUUAUAUUAAAUAUUUUUAAUGCACAAAAGCCAAAGUUUUACAAAAUACAGUGCAUUUUGCUUUUUUAAAAAAAGGCCUACAUUUUCUUUAAAAUCCAAGAAACUACAUUGCUCUUUACCUGUUUAUCUUUGUACUUUAAAACUGCUUUCUAUUUUGACUAGUUUCAUUAGGAUGAUUUUUUUUAUAUUAAAAGUUAUUUACUUUGUGGUUCUGUUUUAAAUUAGACUUUUUUUUUUUUUUGCAAGGCUUUAAUUUAUUAGUGUAAUUGCUUCCUUGUUU